UAUUUUGUAUUUGUUUUACACUCUGAAGAAUAUAUCACACUUGGAGUAACACAAAUAUUAGUUUUAUAAAAUGAAUUAAUUUUAUUUCUUUGUGUCAUCUAUAUUUUAUAUAAGUCAGUUUUAGUCUAAAAGAAAGAAGUACAGCCAAAAAUGGAUAAGAGCAAAGUUAUUCUGUUUAUCUGUGGUUUGGUCAUUUGGAAUUUACCAGGAUCUCUGUUAUCAAAUACAAAGCAAUGUUAUGAUGAAUUGGGAUGUUUUGAUAAUGGUUAUCCAUGGAAUUGGUUACUCAGACCAUUUCCAUCUCCUCAAUCCCCAGAAAAAGUAAACACAACAUUCUAUAUCAUAAACAGGGAGUUAAAGGAAAAACUUUAUUUUCAAACAUGGCCUAAAAUAGACACAUCCCAUUAUCAUGUCCAUAAACCUUCAUAUAUAUUAGUACAUGGAUAUUAUAGCAACAGUGAUGUCGAUUGGAUGCAAAAUUUGACAAAUGCAAUUUUAAAUAAGAGAGAUGCAAAUGUGCUUUGUGUCGAUUGGUCAAAAGGAUCAACAACAAAUUAUAUUCAAGCUGCAGCAAAUAUUCGAAUUGUUGGUGCAGAAAUUACACGGGUUGUAAAGCAUUUAAUUAAUUUUCAAAUGGCUAAUGCAGAAGAAUUUCAUUUGAUAGGACAUAGUCUAGGAGCUCACAUAAUGUCAUAUGUUGGGAAAAAUAUUACAGGAAUAAGUCGGAUCACAGCUUUAGACCCAGCUCAACCUGGCUUUCAAGCAAAAGAUCCGGCUGUACGAAUAGAUAAGAAAGAUGCAAAACUUGUUGAUAUUAUACAUACAGAUGGUAAAGCAUUUGUACCAUUUUUAGGAUUAGGCAUGACUGUUAGUGUUGGUCAUAUCGAUUUCUUUGUUAAUGGUGGAUUUGCUCAACCUAACUGCUUUCUUGAUGACAAGCCUUUUAUCAAAUCAAUUGCUGAUAUUCCAAAAAUAACCCUUGAUGUCCUUUAUAAUCUUGCUUCAUGUAGCCAUACAAGAGCACCUCGAUACAUGAUAGCUGCUAUUAAUGGGCCUUGUAAGAUGUGGGGAUAUCGUUACAAUGCAAAAUAUAGUCAUUUGGAAUAUUCAAAUUUUAUAAUAAAUAAAACUUGUACAAAAGAAUCAUGCUCUUUAAUGGGGCUUGAUACGCAAAAUUAUUCUGCACGAGGCAAUUUUGCAAUGGAGACAAGUGGAAGUUAUCCAUUUUGCAUUGAAGAUAAGAAAUCUGAUAUUCAAAUGGAAAAUAUUGAUAAUGCUGAUGCAAAAAAUUAAUAUAAACAUAAAAAGAAUAACACAUACAUAUAUAUAUUAAACAAUUAAUUUCUAUUAUAGAUAUUUAACUAUUAUCUAUUAUAUAAACAUACCGCUUGUAUAUGAUAUCAUUGGACGGUUCUCUACAAUGUAAAAUAUAUCCAAUUAAUGACAG